GGAAGGCUGCGACUGGAGACUAAACAUGGUGCCCUUAGGUAUUAUUGUCAAACCCGAGUCGCCGCGGCUAUCGCCAGAGAGACGGAGAUCGGGAGAGGAGGGGGGCACGGGGCGGUCUGCUCGCCGUCGAGGCCGCCACCAGUCAUUUCGCUGUGCUCGCCCGUGCCCAAUCCCGAGGAUCGAUCACUCCGUGGAAGAUUACAUCGAGCUCAUCCUGGAUACUUUGGUGGAAGCCAUGGAAGACCAAUUAGAGAUCGUUGAGUGGAGGAUUGCCGCCGAUCCUUGACGAAGGACUUUCUUGUUUCAGUGACUAUUGAAAAGUGAGAAGUGAUUCAUUGGUUUUGUUGGGUGAAAAAAGCUUGGCUUGUUAUUGAUGGCGGAUAAACCCAGUCGGGCAUUGGUGAUAUAUGGUGAUGGCCUUGCUUCGUUGGUCUUACCAUCACAUAAUAACCUCCAUUCUUUUGCUUCUUGGGCUGCUUGUGGCUUUCUAUCACUAAGAGCUUCACCUCCUUCAGAAACUGAAGAUGAAACUAUUUGUAGAGAUUUGGCUCAAUUGUUGGAUGCUUAUGACUUUUACUUGUCAGAGAAACGUGGUGAAGCUAAAGAAGCAGUUUUCAAAACAGUAUCGGAGAGGUUCAUGGGAUUAAGAGCUGCUAUGAUCACUUCUUGUCCAAGUGUCCAAUCCUUGGGUAGAAAACUGGGAUUUCAUGUACUGCAUGAUGAUGAGCUUGUUAUUGAAGAUGAUUUAAACACUAAAACGCUUGAAGAAGUUCCUGAAAGAUUAGAUAUUGCUUCAAAAUUACUUCAUCUUUUAGGAUUUUCAAGAAAUGAUGUUCUAGAAAACUAUGAUUUUGAUCUAGUUUUUUUGCACAUUAAAACAUUUGAGAAGUCUGGAGAGAAAAAGGAAACAGUAGCGUCUAACGUGGAUGUCAAUGGGCUUAACAACUUGGUUGGUAAAAUUCUGGAGAAAUCUCAUCCUGGCUCUACUAUUGGUUCUCGUCUGCACUUCUCUAUAGUUUUGAGCUAUGGAUAUGUUUCUGAGGAUGAUCAGUUUUGUUCUUUAGUUUCAAGCUCCUUAACAGAAACUAAUUCUGAUUUAUCUUUACUUUGUCCAUGCCAAAGUUACACUAUGAAAGGAGGGCAUAAACUGGACGACAUAAGGCAUCACCAUCCAAUGCUAAUUGGUCAGUGGCAAGAGGGGUUAACCCGUAGAGAUACAGCAAAAACAUUUUUCUUUGAAGACUUUAAGAAGAAUGGUGCAAGCCAUGCUAUAUUAUCCGAUCGUUUUUUGCAUGAGAUUGCAUUUAGGCUGUGGAAGGCACCCAAGUAUGGAGCUUGAACUGGAAGAAUUUUCUAUAGUAUAGUAAGAAGAUUUUAGUUAUUUUGAGUGAUCGGUGCUUACUUAAAAUAACCAAAUUGUAUGGAUUUUAAUGAAAAAAACUUGUAUUGGAAUAUAUUUAUACAUUUUGUAUUACAAUGAUUAGACUCAUUGGCUCAUGUUAAUUUCAAUUGAUGAACUAA